UCGACUUAUUUGGCUCAUCUUAAAACAACGACUUUUGACCUCGAGUCGGCUCUCCAGGUUCACGUGUCGACUCAAUCGCAAACGACACUUUACUUGUACGAAUCCGUGUUUCGCUGCGCCGGCUGGACAGAGAAAUGGCGCAAUCUUAGCCGUCCCGAGACUUUUACUGAGACAGCCAGAUAUAAUAGCGGUGUAUCGCCUGAAAACAUUGCCAACUCCGGCCAGGCGGCUGCAGACUAGAGGUAACCAUGGGCCACAGUGUCGGCUGAGGAUCUGGAGGGCUUUACACACACCUAUUGCUUCCACCUCUGUGUAUGACAUGGCCACGGCCUCAUCCAGAGCAGACUGUCGCAAUAACCACGGAAGGACAUCUCAGCUCUAUGCUACUGUUAUAUGUGCCAAACUCAAGCGGAAGAAAAACUGGUUUGUGACGGCUACUUAUGUGGAGGUGACAGCGGAAGGAGAGAGCAAGAAGACGGCCAAGUCUCACUCAUCCAGUCCCAAGUGGGAAGAACGCCUCACUCUGAAUGUAACACCACACACAAAGCUGGAGUUUAAAGUAUGGAGCCAUAACACUCUAAAGGCAGAUGCUCUGCUAGGGAAAGCCACUUUGGACCUGCACCAAGCCCUGGAGCAACACAACAGAAAACUUGAAGAAGUAAAGGAGGUGCUAAGGCUAACUCUGGAGAAUAAGAAUGGUGUGGUGCCUUCUGGAGAGCUCACAGUCAUCUUGGAUGGCCUCACCGUUGAUCAGGAGCCUUCACAAAAUGGCAACGACACCACUACAACCAAAGUUCAGCAGAAUGGAGAUGCCAUUCAUGAGAAUGGGGAGGAAUUUAACACCAGGACCCAGAACAGCUCUGUGAAUGGCACAAAUGGUAUUGAAGGUGAGACUCCAUUCAACUCCUCUGACAACAGUGAUGGUAGCGCUGCCCCUCUUCUUAAUGGUGAUGCAGAGUCCACUCCCACCCACCAGACAGUUACAUCCAGCGUGAACCCUGAGGACAGGGGUACGUGCAGUGUAACUGGUAAUGGAGAGAAUUCUGCUGCUGCCACAACAGUAGAUCCUCUGUUGCCCCCUGCUGAUGAGAGUGAAGACAGCAGUGGUGUUUCCUCUGUUCCUUUGUGCACCUCGUCUCCACGCCAACUCGUCUCCGCCUCUAGCACUCAGCCCAGCAGUGCUGCUCCUGCUAUUGCUGCCUCUGUGUCCUCCAAUUCAACUCCUGUCAUUCAGCCAGUCACUAGUACUGCUGGUGCUGCUGGUGGUGCUGCUGCAGCUGCUGCAUCCUCCGAACCCACAGGAGACACUACUUCGAACAACAGCACGAUCACAGACGGCGCCAAAUCACGUCAGCUUGGCCCCGGCGUUAGCACUUCAGACCCUUUACCUCCUGGCUGGGAACAGAGAAAGGACCCUCAUGGCAGAACUUACUAUGUUGAUCACAAUACAAGAACCACCACAUGGGAAAGACCACAGCCACUCCCACCAGGCUGGGAGAGGCGAGUGGAUGACCGCGGCCGGAUCUACUAUGUGGAUCACAACACAAGGACCACCACGUGGCAGCGGCCUACCAUGGAGUCAGUGCGCAACUUUGAGCAGUGGCAGUCCCAGCGAAGCCAGUUACAGGGAGCUAUGCAUCAGUUCAACCAGAGAUACCUCUAUUCGGCCUCAAUGAUGUCGGCAGAAAACGACCCCCUGGGUCCACUACCUCCUGGAUGGGAGCGACGUGUGGAUUCCAACGAUCGGGUUUACUUUGUCAAUCAUAACACAAAGACCACUCAAUGGGAAGACCCACGAACACAAGGGUUGCAGAAUGAAGAUCCUCUGCCUGAGGGCUGGGAGAUCCGCUACACACGUGAAGGAGUGCGUUACUUUGUGGAUCACAACACUCGAACAACCACAUUUAGUGACCCAAGGACUGGCAAAUCUUCUGUCACAAAAGGGCCGCAGAUAGCAUACGAGCGCAGCUUCCGGUGGAAACUAUCCCACUUCCGCUACCUGUGCCAGUCCAACGCGCUACCUAGUCAUGUUAAAAUCACAGUGUCUAGACAGACAUUGUUUGAGGACUCUUUUCAACAAAUAAUGGCUCUGAAGCCAUAUGACCUUAGGAGAAGGCUGUAUGUUAUUUUCAGAGGAGAGGAGGGACUGGACUAUGGAGGCCUGGCCAGGGAGUGGUUUUUCCUUCUUUCACAUGAGGUGCUGAACCCAAUGUACUGUCUUUUUGAGUAUGCUGGCAAGAGCAACUACUGUCUGCAGAUAAACCCUGCCUCUACCAUCAACCCAGACCACCUGUCCUACUUUUGCUUUAUCGGCCGAUUUAUUGCCAUGGCACUCUUCCAUGGAAAGUUUAUCGAUACAGGCUUCUCCCUCCCCUUCUACAAGCGUAUGCUCAACAAGAAGCUCCUGCUAAAAGACUUGGAAUCCAUAGACCCAGAGUUCUACAACUCUUUGAUCUGGAUCAGGGACAACAACAUUGAAGAAUGUGGUUUAGAAAUGUACUUCACCGUUGACAUGGAGAUCCUGGGCAAAAUCACCUCACACAACCUUAAACCCGACGGUGAUAACAUUCUAGUAACUGAGGAGAACAAAGAGGAGUAUAUCGGGUUAAUGGCAGAAUGGCGGUUCUCUAGGGGUGUUGAGGGGCAGACCAAAGCGUUUCUGGAUGGGUUUAAUGAGGUGGUUCCACUGCAGUGGCUACAGUACUUUGAUGAGAAAGAACUUGAGGUGAUGCUUUGUGGUAUGCAGGAGGUGGACCUGCAGGACUGGCAGAGAAACACUGUGUAUCGCCACUAUACCAGGAACAGCAAACAGAUCAUGUGGUUCUGGCAGUUUGUGAAAGAAGUGGACAACGAAGUUCGGUUACGGCUGAUGCAGUUUGUCACCGGUACCUGUAGGCUACCUUUGGGAGGUUUCGCUGAACUCAUGGGGAGUAACGGACCUCAAAAAUUCUGUAUUGAGAAGGUUGGAAAGGACACUUGGCUUCCCCGGAGUCAUACAUGCUUUAAUCGCCUGGAUUUGCCCCCCUACAAAAGCUUUGAACAGCUGAAAGAGAAGCUUCUUUUUGCGAUUGAAGAGACGGAAGGAUUUGGCCAAGAGUAGAGAGCGAUCCCGCUCUGUACAGUGUGUCCGGCCAAGCCAAGAGAAAGGGGGACAACAGCGACACACAAAAGGAAAUUGCACAGAAAUCUACCAAUGUACAUAAAGCUAUUUUGUCAUUUUAAACCAAAUCUUAAUCUGAAACCUCAUUUAGCAAUCUCCAUAACAUUAUUCUUCAUGAUUAUGCAACUUUUAGCUUUUUCUUUUAAAAAGCAAAAAUCUAAGUACAAUAAUGCUCUUUUCUUUUUUGUUUUCUAAAAAGAUAAUGACAAAAAUCUGAGAGAAUUUUCUAAUUAAACCAUAACGGCUCUAGUUUUAUAGAGCUUUUCAAGAAUGAUUGUAGUGUUCAGUCUGAUGCCUGGGUUUUCUCUUCUCUCGUUUUUAUUUUUUGGGUUUUAAUUUGUGAUUGUGCUGCGGUUGCAUGGCUGUCUUCAAAAAAGUUCAACCUUUCUCCCUAAUCCAUAAUUUGAGGCAUAUCAUGCAAAAAGUCUGUUUUUCUGACGGUAUUGCAGUUGUCACUUUAGACCAAAAGUAUUUCUCUGCUAUGUGCUGCGGCACGUUAGAGACCUUGUACAUGUUCUUAGGUAGAAGUAAAAAUUCCCAGCUUACUUUCUUCUUUUCAUUUUGCUCUGUGCAUGUAGUACACUGAAGAGUUAUUAGGUCUUAUUUGAUUUAUCAUCAGCCACAGUAAAAACAGGAGACUAUUAUUUUGUUAGCAUAUUUAGACAAUAUUUGUUAAGCCAAUUAGUUUGUUACAAAACUAAACAAAAGUAUAAUCCACCACUAUCAUCUUCUGUCAUCUUUAAAGGAAUACUCCAGUUUUUAACCUUUGUUUACUGCAUAGAUACAGUGUAUCUUGUUGUAUGUGACCACCAAUCAUGUCCCAUUACUAAAAAAAAACCCCAGAGGCCAGAGUACACACAGCGGCUACACAUGUAACAUUGUUCACAUUCUUAUUUCUGUUUGUAGCUUCACUUACAUACUUCUAUGUACAUGGUAAGCCUGGUUUAAUAGUGACCUAAUUUGUAUGAAAAGGCUUGACAUAAGUUUGGCUGAUAAUAUUAUGUUAAACGCUCAAUAAUCAAGCUGACUUACUGCAAGCAGCUUUUGUAAAACGUUGACAUUUAUUUAAAUAGUUUGUGGUCUGUGUGCAAAUGGAUAAGCUGUGUUGUAUCAGUCUCAGUUGUGCUGUCAACCUUUCCAGGUGUCGUAACAGGCACAACUGGCAAAGCCUGAUAGAGGAGGCCAAAGCUGGUUCCACAUUUCUAGUGAAAAUGCGACCUCUGCUGGCUGGUCAAAGCGCCAGCUUAAGGGUUGGCAAAGAGGCGAUACGUCUCUCUGGCAGGUAAAAAGAGGCUGGCGAGUACACAGGAGUUGGUGAGGAAUUGGAAACAGCUACAUUAGGAGAGAAAAAGAAAUGCAAAUAAAGAAUAAUACAAAAUGUCACAUGGUUAACAAAAAAUGUUGAAUGUGAACCAAUAUUUAGGCCAUUUCAGCCACAGUAUAAACAUUUUGUAUUUGAUGAACACAUCACUACUAUAUACACAUCCAAUAGAAAUCAAGUUGGAGUAUUCCUUUAAGUUGCUUUACUUUGUGGGACUAAUAAAGGAUUAUCUUAUCUUAUCUUACUUUACUGUAAACAGAUACAUUUCCCUUUUUAUAUUAUUAACAAGUGCCGUCAAGCCCUUAGAAUCAUAUUAACAGAAACCAUCAUGGGAAUAUGUCAGAGAGUUGACUGUGAUUGAGGAGAGGCUUAAUGUUGUAAUUUAACUAGUGCCCUAUAUCAUCUUUACCAUUGUGCAUUUGCUCUUCACCUUGACUGCAAAGAGGUGAGAACCUGACAGGGAUGUGAGAACUUGUGCAUGACCUGGACUGGACAGUUGUGGGUUUCUUAAAUUCUAGCCGUUCAUUAGUAAAAAGUAAAGUAUGAGUGUGAAAGUAUGAGUGAAUAGGCAAUACAGCAUGAAUGGGCGUCACUGACCGGCUCAAGCUUUGCUGAUAAUCUUUCAGUGCUACUAUUUUUUGUUGUUGUUGCUAUAGUUAAAUUAUUCUCCUCAGUUAUGACUAGUUAUCUUCUUCAUUGACUAGUGAUGCACACUGAACAGCCACAAUGAAGACUGUGAACACUGGAAAGUAAAACUUCAGACUGAAAACAAUGUAACCAAGUGUCCUCAGUACCGCCCCUUCUAAAAUCAAGAUGUUAUACUGUGCGAGGACAUGCCAUUGCCAUUUUUAAAAUAUCAUUGUAUCCUUGCUCCAAAAAAUGAAAUUCAAAUGCCAGUAUGUGAUUUACUUGUGCAUUACAAAUAAACACAUUUUCUAUUUAA